AUGGAUACCCCUAAUCUCACAUUUUGUUACAAUAAAGGAUGUGGAGCUAAAUUUAAUCCAGAUGAAAAUAAAGAAGACUCUUGCACUUUUCACCCUGGGCCGCCUUAUUUUCAUGACGCUUAUAAAAUUUGGAUGUGUUGUAAUAAAAAGAGUACAGAUUUUACGGCUUGGUUGAAUUUCGAGGGAUGUACCCGUGGACCUCAUAACCCUGUUAAACCUGAUGUCCCCAAAACACAGCAGACUCAACCUAAAGCUGAGGAAAAGAUACCAAUACGCGUGCUAGUUACUGGAGCAGCUGGUCAAAUUGGUUAUUCUUUGGUUAUUCAAAUUGCAAAGGGUGAUGUUUUUGGAAAGGAAACGCCUAUUGUUCUGGUCAUGUUGGAUAUUCCUCAUAUGGCCGAAGUGCUUAAAGGAGUGGAGCUUGAACUUUACGAUUGUGCCUUGGCGAAUCUUAUAGCUGUCGAGCCAGUCACGACUGAAGAAGCAGCAUUCAAAGACAUUGACUAUGCUUUUCUUGUUGGUGCAAUGCCUCGAAAAGAAGGAAUGGAACGAAAGGAUUUACUUGCUGCUAAUGUAAAAAUAUUUAAAUCGCAAGGACUGGCUCUUGCAAAAUAUUCUAAACCAACUGUUUUGGUUGUUGGAAACCCAGCUAAUACAAAUGCUUUUAUCUGUGCAAAAUAUGCAGCAGAAAAAAUUCCAGCAAAGAAUUUCAGCGCUAUGACACGUCUUGACCAUAACCGUGCAAUUGCCCAAAUAGCUGCUCGUUGUGGCGUUGACUGUGGGUCUGUGAAGAAAGUUAUAAUUUGGGGAAAUCAUUCAAGUACCCAAUUUCCUGAUGUUAAACACGCUAAAGUAAUUAAAGGUGGCGCAGAAAUUGGUGCUUAUGAAGCGGUAAAUGAUGUGCCUUGGAUUCAAAAUGAAUUUAUUUCGACCGUCCAAAAGCGCGGAGCUGUUAUUAUCGAAAAACGCAAACUGUCCAGCGCAAUGUCUGCAGCAAAGGCUGCUUGUGAUCACAUUCAUGAUUGGCACUUUGGAACAAAAGAUGGCGAUUGGGUUUCUAUGGCCGUUCCUUCUGAUGGUUCUUAUGGAAUUCCGGAAGGUUUGAUCUUCUCAUUUCCAAUCACAAUUGAUGCAAAAACGCGUGACUGGAAAAUUGUACAGGGAUUGGAACUUGAUGAUUUUGCGAAACAAAAAAUUGAAAUUACAACAGAGGAAUUGACAGUAGAACGUGAAGAUGCUUUAGAGGUAUCAAAAUAA